AUGGCUCUUCAUUUGCUUGAACGUCUACUUGCUUUUGAUCCGAAGGAUCGACCAACUGCUGCAGAGGUAGUAGCAAUGUCAGCAAGAAGCGUGGAAUUCAAGGCCUUAACAGAUCCAUACUUUACUGGAUUAGCAAAUUCUGAACGUGAACCGAUAACACAACCAAUCUCAAAAUUUGAGUUUGAGUUUGAAAGAAGGAAGCUGGCCAGAGAUGAUGUUCGGGAAUUAAUUUACAGAGAGACAUUGGAAUACCAUCCUCAGAUGUUGCAGGAGUUUCUUGGUGGUGGGGAUAAGGCGAACUUUGUGUACCCGAGUGGGGUGGAUCGUUUCAAGAGACAAUUCGCUCAUCUCGAAGAAAGUGCUGCUAAGGGUGAGAAGACUAGCCCACAGCUGCGGCAGCAUGCUUCCUUACCAAGGGAAAGAGUAAAUGACAGUGGCGACGACCUUGAGAAGCCAAGUGCAGAUUACUGCAUAAGAUUGCAUGUAUGUGAGCCACUCUCAAGUGCUCGUAACUUUCUGAAGAGCGAAAGCAUCAGUGCUUCCCAGUGUGUGGUCAUCAAACAAAAGCGAGAGAAAGAUGAGGAAUCUAUAUCUGAGUAUGUGAACGAUCCAGUUGAUGGUGUGCCACAGAGGAUUGCUCAACUCAAAACCUGA